GCGCGGGCCUUCGUGGUGCGAGGACGUGUCCUCGGCUAGGCUCUUCUGGGCUUUUGCGUGCACCCGCGCCGGCGAACAUUAAGUGCGUGCGUGCGUGCGUGCGUGCGUGCGUGUCUCUCCUGCGUUCGGCCUCCUCUAUUUUUAUUUCUCUCACUCUUCCUUACUCUUCGUUUAUUCCGCUCUUCUCGCCUCGUUAUUAUCGAUUUUUGCUCAGAAUGCGUGCCCCGUUAAAAUAAGCUUCGCGAAACUUUAGAAACUUUCGCGUUCUCUCGUGCCAUUUCUCUCUUCUGCGUCUCGGCCGAACCUCCCCCUCUUGUGUAUUUAAUCCGUUUGCAUACUUUCCUUUUGUUUCCCGCCGACUCUAAACGCGCUGAGCUGAUAAUCGAAACCGGAUAACAAUGCGAUCUGCGAUUAUGCAUAGGCCCAAGAGGCCUCAAGAAUUACCGACGACAUAAGUCUGAGUUCUUUAAAAUUUUAUUCACAUCUCAUCAAAAACAAUAAGAUAUACUUGCAACGGUGCGUCAGUGUGGCGGAAAAAACAACGAGAAUAACGAUAACGAGGACGACGUAGACGUCACGUCGCACGCGCGGCACCCGGCGAUACAUCGCGGGGGCGACGCUUUAAUCGUUCAGAAAGAAAGAAAAUCAUGCGUUUCCUGACGGCGGCAAGCGCCGAUAUCAUUCUCGCACGCAGCAUCACCGAGGAUGUAUCAUUGGACAGCGAUGUUGGCUCGCACGGAUCCGAGAAGUGCGGCGGCAGCAGCAGCAGCAGCAGCAGCAGCAGCAGCAACAGCAGCAGCAGCAGCAGCAGCAGCAGCAGCAGCAACAACAACGGGAACAGCAACGGAUGUAAUAACGGAAUUCGCGACGGCGUCGGCUACGCCAGCGGCCACGACCGCGGCCAACAGUACAACGACAGCAGCGAUAACGGCUACGCUAGUGACGAUUUCUGGGAAUGUACGUCUUCUAUCCAGCAGACGAGCUCCUGCGUAUCUAUGAAAAUCCAAUUCGGGAAUCCGUGUCAUUGACUGUCAACGAUACAGCGGUAAAUGGUGAUUACGAGGAGAUAAAUCAGCAGUAUUAUCAGCAGCAGCAGCAAUCGCAGUCGCAUCAGCAACAGCGAAUUAUCGUCACGAACGACAUCCGCAAGCGCAAGGAGAAAAAGCGAGAGACUAGUCAGACAACAGGAAACAGGAGGCAAAUCGUGCAUAACGGCGACGGCGACGGUGACGCCGGCAAGAAAGAAGGACGACGAAACGAGGAACAGCAUACCAGGACUAUGCAAAGUAAUCGUGCCUCCGGCUCCGAAGAAGCCGCCAACCAUCCUCUUAAAGACCUCACGCAGCCGAGUCUCAAUGAGCCGCUGAAGCAGCAUAAUGGCGUUGCGCUCAAGCUCGUCCAGACGGUCUCCGAGUUCGCUCAGGAGUUGGGCGCUGCGAUGGAGAGCCACUCGGCAAACGUACGACGUCUGGUUGACGAAUUUCGCGGUCGAUCGGGCGACUCAAGAAUUGAUGUCGGUGGUAUGCGACGAGUUUGGGAAAGUUUGCUGCGGCAGGUUGAGGCGGAUGCAGCUUCCCAUCUCGAUUUGGCCGCGGUGCUGCAGCAGCAAUUAUCGAGGCCCACUUUAGAGGCGAGCUUUCACCGAAAGCUGCAAUCUAGAAAGGUAUUCGCCCAUCGUGAUGCUUACGAGCAGGUAGUUAGCAAGACGGAGGAGAAGUUGCAGCGUGCCAGAUUAGAUUACAAGCGCGCCUACGCCGCGUUGCUAACCAACGAGGCCGGCGGCGGCGCCGAGCAGGAAUUGAAGCGCGCUUACUUAGAGUCGCACAACGCCUACAUCCUCCAGCUACGCGCCACGAACGCUAUUACUGAGCGCUAUCAGUGCCAUUGUUUGCCAGGGCUGCUGGGUGAGAUUGCAGAGGUCUACGAGGAACUUUGUGGAUUGGCCUGCAAAUGCGUUGCCGGGAUCUCGGACGCUGCCGGAGAGCGAUCCGGCGAACAGGCCAAACGUUACCAGAUUGUAGCCAAAGAGGCACAAGCGGUUAUACCGUCUAACGAUUUACAGGUCUUGGCGCGAAACCUAUCCGCGAACGCGACGCCGCGGAAGCCGCCGCGACGCCUGUACGUCGCGCCAGCACCACCCGAGCAGAUAUCGAUGGAGAGAAUCAGUCAAAUACCCACACUCAGGGACGAACUGGUACCAACGGGCACCAGUACACUCUCGCUCAUGGAGGAUCUUAAACAUGAGUAUGAUAGUCUCAACCAGGAAAUAGGUCGUUUGCAAGAUGCUCUGGACGCUCUCGUGCGGAUGCAGCGCAAGAGUGCCGAGAGUAAUCUUUACACGAAAGUAGCUGAACUACAAGAAGAUAUUUCUUUGAAGCGUCUCGACCUCGGUGUUGCGCAACUGCGUCUAGCCGCAGUGCAAGCACAGAAGGAACUUUUCGGAGGAGGCGAAGCUGGUCAACCGGAUGGAAUGACCAGUCGGAAGAUGUCAAACGGUUCAACCGGAAGUCCCAAGCUGAAAUGGCUGAAAGCAUUCAAGAGCCUAAAAACUAGUUCGCCCACAACACCACCGUUAUCCGACAAAGGAAAGCAGGCAACCAUGUACCACGCAGUUUCCACCGUCGUCGCCAUGUCCAGGAAGAGCCUUGAGUCCGAGGGUGGGCAUACUUGGCGCGAAUACACGUACCGUAAGAUUACACCGUGCGACGCUUGCGGCCAGGUGCUACGCGGCCACAGCCGCCAGGGUGUCCGGUGUCGGGGUUGUAAGGCAAACGCGCAUACGGACUGCAUCAACAUGGUGCAACCAGCGUUGUGCCCGAGCCUGGCGCCGAAGAAGAGCGGCGGUAUACCGCUUCUACGGCGACAAAAGACGCAAGUAACCACCGAUGAGAUACCAGCAUCAUCCGAGCACAACGUGGACGCCAUAUACCAGGUGCUGAAGCAAGCAGGCGAGAUCCGUGGAAACUCGACAAACUCACCACCUACGCCUCCCACAGCAGAACAUCCUCCUUCCGGUGCAGCACCUUCGUCAGCGAGGGCUUCCUCCCAUCCCUGUUCCUCGUCCACCUCUGCACCGCAUAGUCCGCAACGUAGACGCGAGAGGCUGAAUCUGCGGAUGAAGAGUCUCAGUCUGGAUUCUCCGGAAGGCACUGCGCACGUGCGUCGUCCGCGGGAUUAUUAUGCCGCGGGUGCAAGAGAAACCACACCGCCUCGACAUUCUGACAGUGGCAGUAUCAACAGGCUGUCACCCUGCAGCCCGGGUCAGAGUCACGGAAUGCACAAACAUGUGCGAAACGCCAUUCGGAUGUCCAGUAUGGAGCUACCGGACGAUAAUGAGAAGUCAUACUCGUCGGCGAGCACGUCGCCGUGUCCAUCGCCACACACCAAUAAUCAGAACCACUUGAAUCCACCCGGCAAGCGUGUUCUGCCACCGAAUAAUCUCUACGUUGUUCUGUACAACUUCGAGGCACGACAUCCAGACGAGCUGGAUCUUAAGGCCGGUUACAAAAUCACGGUAAUCGACAAAUCUGAGAAAGAUUGGUGGAAAGGCAAAUGUCUUGGUGGCCGUAUUGGUUAUUUUCCAAGUGCGUACGUUAUGCGAGUGGAAUCUGGUCAACGAACUCUUCAGGUCACACGCAACUUGCAACUGGCUGAUCAAACUCUGCUACGAGAUCAGAUCGUGAUCCAAGUGGGCGAAGAAAUGGAUGGGGUGGCGAUGGUAAGAUGCGCAGCGGACGUGCGUUCCGCUGAUCACACGGGCAAGGAGGGCGACGUUCUCUACAAGGAAAUUCUCUGCCCUCUCAAAUAUCUGCAGGAGGUGUGACGACAGCCUUAUCAUCACCAAGUCGUACGAGGCGGUAGCGUCAUUGUGAGCAACGAACGUCGACAUUGCACCGAUAUGCG